UUAUCUCAUAUAAACGCAUAUUCGUAACUAUCACUUAAAAAAAAAAUAUUAAGCUGAUAUCACCUGCUAAUUAGCUAACGUUUUGGCACGAUUAUUAGCCGAUUAUCAGCUGAUUAUCAGAAAAUAAUAAGUUGAUUGUCAUCUGCUUUUUUUCAGUAGAGGAGACCAUAGCAAGUGUUUGCCUUACAGUUGCUAUGGACUCACCAGUUCUUUACCUCCCUUGUGGCAUAAUACUAUUUGUUUGGCCAUUGUUUACUUCGAUCGCGUUUAGAUGUUGCACUUGUGGUGCUUUCUUUUGAAAUGUGGUUUUAUUUUGGAAAUUUGACUGUUGGUUAGAUGGUUUAUAAUUGUUCCCUGUGGUUUCCGUGUUUGUAUUAUCAGGGUUUGAUUUUUUAAUGCGGAUUUUCUUGGAUCAUGGCCACUGUCUUUAAAUGCUAGAAGUUCAAAAAAUGCAUUUUGACUUUUAAUGUUUUGCGAUUUUUCUGUGAAUCGAAUGUCCCAGUCAAAAUGACUGGAAAUUUUCCGAACAAGCUCUGCUUCUGAGAAAUUUCUUUUAAAAUCUUGCACAAAAUCCCAAUACGUACGUGGCAUAUUCAACACGAGAGUAUUUAGAACCACGGUUGUUACUAGUCAGAGAGCCCGUGACAGAAAUGCGUGACUCAUUUCAUUACACAUGGGAAACUGUUUUCCGAAGAUGGCAUAUCUCUCUAAUUCAGAAAUGCUUGGUCUGGCAUGAAAUUAGUGGUGCAACGCUUCACUAAGGCGUAUUAUAAUAUUUUGAUUUUUAGUCAAAAUCAUUACUACUAAAAUUUUUAGUAUGUAUUGUUGACAUACAAAAUUGCAUAAAAAAGUUGGUCUGGCAGAUUGUAAGCGGUUCUAAAUGGGUCUGGCAGUCGGAAAAAUAAAGUAGUUUGACUGAAAUCAUCCUUACUGAAACUUUUUUUGUGCUAGACGUGGCGCAGUGCGCUGCGCGCACUGUAGUAGACUGUCAUUUCAUUAACUUAUUAAAUGGAAUAUAAAUACUUGAUUGAUAUUUUUAAUAUUUGUUUUCUAUCACGGAAAUAUAUCAAACUUUACAAUAUAUGAUUCAUUUCGCGCUCAUAUAAAUUUCAAAAUUGCCGCGGUUUCAUCGCCAACUUCCUUUUAAAAUUUUAAGGUUAUGUCCGAGAAUAGAAUAGUCUCGAGAGUAGAAUGUCUCUAGAAUAUUAUAAAUACACAAAUUAUAAUUUGAUAUGUAUUAUAUUACAUUUUCAAUAUUAGAAUCAAUUUUAGAAAUCAAUAACAAAUCAAAAAAUUCUAACGAUACUUUUGACGCAUGCGCACUACAUGAGCCAAUCAUAUUGACGCAUUCUUGGCUUCACUUCAUCCGGUCAUGACUUUUUUAUAUAGGGAAACAACUGUGACAUAAGCCGUAAUCACGUGAUCACUUGAUUGAAUAUAAGCGCGUAAUUCAAAUUCUUAUUAAUAAAAUCGAGUAUAUUUUAUAUACAUCUUAUAAAAUCAUUUAGAGAAAGUGUAUUCUUGGUCACUCAACCGUUAGGAAAAUAGAACAUAAAUUUUAGAAGUAGUGGAAAGAAAGAUGCCAUUGUGAGAGUAUCGGCUCUCAGUUUUUAUGAUUCAUACAAACUGAGGACUAAGAGUUAGGGUGAUCAACACGUGUGCGCGAAGUGCGUCAUCAUGUGCUCGUCCGCUUUCCAAAUUUUCCACCACCACGUAGGCCCAGCGGACCGACGCUGAUUCGAGCUCAUAGUUCUGUAAGUCCGCGCGGAGUCGCUCUGAUUUGUCAAAACUACAUCCCUUCAUUCAAGGUCACGCCCUCAAUGCCAACAGCAGAGGUCUUGCAGCAUCACCGCCGCUCCGGAGGACAGUCAGAGUCGCGAGUCCGUAGAAUUAUCAGCUUAUCUUUAGAGUCAGAUAAUUAGUAGAUUCUUGUAUUUAGGUUCUUUGAGACAAUUUACAUCCUUGAAACUGGUUUGACUACAAACACUGUUCCAGUUUAUUCACUACCUUCAAACCAUUUCGCGAUUGUAGAGAGUAUUUCAAUGCUCGUUCGAAUGACCCGGGGUUAAUAUAUUUUGUGCUCCUAAAGACAUCGCCUAGGGUUUUGCGCGAUGUCACACAAUAUAUAAUAUAUAAUGUUACAAAAAUUUGGUCUGGCAAAGUUAGAGUGGUGAUAAAUCGGUCUGGCAGCCGUUUAAAAAAGCAAACACAUGCGCGCCGUGCCGUGCGCCGCUUAGCUCUGCUGGCUUAUCACGCCCUCACUGGGUGUGAUUAUAAUCCUGCUUUUUAUCGGAAGUGAAAAAACUGUCUUUUUGGUAUACUUCGACGUUCUGAACAAUAUAUCAAAGCGUGCGCCGACAUAGGCAAUUAUCCAAACUGCGACGAAUUAACGAUGUUAAUUUUGGAGGAAUUCCUAUGCCGAAUGUAUGGAUCAAAACAGAUGAAGUUGACUAAUGCAAUGCGAUCGGCAUUAUUCUCUAAAACGUACAAUUUCAUGGAUAAGGAUGAAUUAUUUCAUGUAAACGCGAAGAACUUUGAUGCAUCGGUGUUACCACCAUGCCAAUCGGAACUCCGUCAACAUUUCCUCAGAACAGCCUACAUCGCAAACGUUUGGAAAAAUGCACAUUUGCAGUAUCCUACUACAAUGUCUCCGACUGAGUAUGGUUGGCAAGAAGGCGACGGAAUGUACAGCUUCAAAUGGCUUGAAAGCGAUCAGUUGCCAGAGAAGGUAGACGAUAUUGUACUGCAGGAAGACAGGAGCAACGAUGCUAUAGAAAAUCCUGAUGACUCGCCCGAAAAUGUCGAAAGACAAGAAGAUAUCGAUUUUGAUCACAAUGUUUCCGAAGAAUCGAGCGAUGAUGAUGAUGAUGAUGAUGAUAUUAAUGAUAUUGAAGAUUUAAGUCAAUGUUCCACAGCGCUUUAUGAAAAUUCAUCCGAUGAUAAUGAUUAAUCAUCAAAAUGAUAUAUUUUUAUAAUGUAGAUAUUAAUUAGUAGUUGAAUAAAUUAAUGAAUUCA